AUGAAUAAGUUUUCAAACAAUAAUAUUCAUAGUUAACAUAUAAAUGUGGAAUUAAAUUUAGAUCAAACAUUUGAUAAUAACAUCAAUCAAAGGAUUCUUUAUGAAACAGACUAUGAGCAGUAAAGCUAUAGAAGUAAUUUAGAAGUUAUAAACAAUAUCAUCAAUGGUUAAAACAAUCAAUAAUUAUUGUAGAACAAAUCAGGUUAAAAUAUAAAUAUUGAAAUGCAAAAGCAUCCAUAGAGUGUAAUACUGUAAUAAGAUGGUACAGUGCAAACAAUUAAUCUAAAAAAUGGUGUAAAAGCUACAUUAAAGAAAAAUAAUAAUAAAGGAAGAAAAUCUAAAGAUACAGCAAAUUAGCAAAGUUAAAUUACAACAAUUAGUGGUGCUGAUUAAAAAGAAGAAAAAAAUAUUAAAUUUAAUGCUUAUGAGUAGUAGAAGGCAUUAAAAAAAAAAUUCAGAUUAAAGUAGUUAGAAAUGCUGAGCUAUGAAGACUCAUAAAAUUAAGAUUCUCUUAGAUUAGGAAAUGGCGAAUAAGUGGUUUUGAAUUUAGAAAGCUGCUCUUUAAUGAUUUAUGAUUACUCUUUGAACGGCUAGUAUACUUUAGACGUUAAUUAUCUAUCUGCAGGUCAUUCUAUACCUUCUUCAUUAGAUUCGGAUGAGAAUAUCUAUUUGCAAUAUAUAUACCCUGAUGCCUCUCUCUACGGCGAGCGUAGCACUUAUUCUUAUAGUGAAAAUAAUGGAGUUAAGACAUUCAAUUUUAAUAAUAAAUUAAAUAGUUAUGAAUGUGAAAUUGUUCUACUUGUUUAUAAGCCUACUUAAUUUUAAUCAUUGAAUAUUAAUUGUGGAGAUUCUAAUUAAUGUAAUAUUGUCAUUUAUUCUACAUAACUAAGUACAAAUACUAUGAACAUUAAAGGCGUAAAUGUUUAAAUGAAUGCUCCGUAUCUAACAGUAAAUGUUUUUAAUUACUUCAGUAUGAAAGGAUCUAUUGAAAUACCCUUUUUUGUUUUUUAAACUGCUAAUAUAAAUACAAGAGAGGGAGAUAUUUCUAUAUAAUCUACUAGUGAUAUCAAUCUUACAUACACUCAAAAAGAUCCCUACAACUGUUUAUCAUCUAAAUAAAUAACUGAUACUACAAAUAAUAUUUUAAAUUUAAAAUCAUAUCAGAGUAGCAUUAAAUUUUAAUCUGAUGUAGCAUAAUGCCAAGCAGUUUAUCCGUGGGGUCUACCUCAAGAUUAAUAAAACGCAGAUAAUGUAAUUGAAUAUAGAUGUUAUAGCAAUCAAGUUUUUUUGAAGAACGCAGGUUUGGGAACUUCUACAUUAACGGCUUCAAAUUCUUAUGGAAAUAUAUUUGUAAAUGUUAUUUCUGCCUAAGGGAAGUAUGUAUAGGCUUCUUCUCAAAAUUACUAAGUUCUAUUUAACAAAGCUAGCAAAACUGAUAAUUAAGAUAACAAUAAAAACAUUGACUAUAUUAACAUUUCUAAUCUGGGUUAAGCUAAUUUACUAAAUUAGACCAAAGAGGCAUCAAAUCCUAAAAUUUAUGAUCCAAUAUUUGUUUUUGAAAUAGGUCCUAAAUUCACAAGAUCAGCUACAUUCUAAUAAAUUUAAUUUACUUAUAAUUCAGCAUAUACUUACAUGAAACCAUACUGGCUAGGAGAACUAACUUUGACUUUGAUGACAACACAAAAAUAUACUGGUUAGUAUACUUUAUCUCCUGGUUUCUGUCCAUAUGUUCCAGCGCUUUCAUUAGACAAAAUUUAUAAAACACAAAAUUUGUUAAGCAAUUUUAUGCAAUCAAAUUCAGCACCUCAAUAUUCCCUAAUAACAAAUGCUUGGUAGCCAUAUGUUCAUUAUCCACCUUAAAGAUUUGAAUAGAAUGAUAUUUAUAAUGGAUUCAGGGAUAUUAAUUUAAACAGGAAUCUUGAUGAGAAAUGGAUAGGGGUCGAUGUUGAUUAAUCUAAAAUUUACAAUGUUAAAAACUACGAUUUUUCUUAUAACAGUUAAUUGUGUGCUGCUAUUAUUGUAAGCUGCGUUCUUUCAGGUAUUUUAGGUAUUAUCUUGCUAGUUUUUCUAAUGUUCGUUAUCAAUAAAAAUUAUAUCUGGGUUCUUAAUCACAUAGAGAGCACACAUAAAUAUGCACAAUUAGAAAAAGGAGGAGCAGGAGAAAUAGAUGAAUCCACUUUAGAUAUUCAUAAGAGGCGUUUUUAUCUUGAAUACAAGGAAGAAUAGUAAAAAAUAAUUGAAGAAUAAAAUAAAAAAGUAUCAGGUGAACAUCCAGAAAGUAUGGAAUAAGGUUAUGUACCUAAAUAUAACAUUAGUAGCAUUUUUAGUUAGUUUAAUUAACUUAUCCAUAUGUCUCCUCCUUUAAGUGCUUUGAUCGACUAUAUAGUGCUUCUGCUACAAAAGGCUAAAUAAAAUUCGAUUAAAGAAUUUUACAAGCUACUUUUUAGGGCUAAAAAGCUGGAAGAGUUAAAAGAAAAUGACAAUGAAGAAAUUCAUAGCUUGGAAAAAGAUUAAUUAUUGGGGAAUGAAAUGAAAUAGCUUUAUGAAAAAUUCUGCUAUCUUAAUCUGUAUUUAGAGAGGAAAUUUGAUGAUGAAAAAAAUUUGAAGUUUUUAACAGAGAUGGGUUUCAAAAUUGUUGCCAGGCUUGAUGCAUAGACUUAAUAUUUUACAUACAUUAAAUACAAUGGUACUAUACCUUCGAUACCUGAGUAGCCAAAUAAAACUUCUUUAGAUUAAUUUAUUUCCAGUUGCUGUAGCCUCACAAAAUUCGAUACUGAUCGUAUAGAAUCUUAGGAAUUAGAUAAAUAUUACUAAGAGUUCUGCACUUUGAAUCAUAUGCAAAAACUAUAAUUAAAUGAAGGAGCUCUCAUGAGAGAUUAUGGAAUAUCUACUGUUUAUUUACCUCAGCAAUGGAUUGAGAGAGACGAAAAAUAUGAUGUGUAAAAAUUAUAAAAGAAAUACUUUAUAGAUAAAAAAAGAGUAGAAAACAAUUUUAAGAUUUUGCUGGCUAAAGAUAGCUUUUUAUUCAGCAUGCUUUAUGAUACAGAAGAUUUUAAAUAAGCUCAAAAGGACAUCUAAGUAGCUACAGGUUGGUAGUUUUUUGAUCUUAUAACUGUCUUAGCUCAUGUUUUGGUAAUGGGCUUCAUAGGUAGUCCUUUAUUUAUUCUAGCUAUUUUUAUAAGAGCUUAAUAAUCAACUUAUUCUCUAAUUUCUCCAAUGAGAUUAAUUUAUCUGGAAACUAUAGUGUACUACCCAAGUUCUAUUCUUGCUAAGCUAAUGGGAGAUAAUUGGAUUGUUUUGAGUAUUACAAUCAUGACUUUGAUGUUUUGGAUUUUGUCAUUUUUAGAUUUGAUUUAUUACUAUGCAAGCAUGGAUUUUCCUUAAGAAAAGUAUUUUAUCAAAUAUAAAUAUGGGAGAGGAAAAAUUAGAAAUUUUUUUACAGGUAUGAUGUGGAUUAUAGUCCUUUUAUCAUUUUAUACAUUUGCUGUCUAUUUUUCAUUAGUUGCUAUUUGGCUAAUGCUCAGUGCUAUAAUCAAUCCUAACGCUUUCUUACCAUAUGCCACUUCAGCAGCAACUUUUGUUACUCUUGUUGCAAAAAAAUACAAGGAUUUCGAAGAGAUCUCGUAGAAUGGUUUUAAAAUUAUUUCUGAAUAUUUACUGUAAAUGGCAUAAGGAUAAUUCUAAGAACUAUUAAAAAAAAUGGAUAUUCAAGAUAAUAUAGCCAAUUUAGUACCUGUUGAUGCAUUAAAAGAUAUUACAGCUGAAGCAUCUAAACUAGGAAUUAUUGAUCCAUCAACUUCCGAAAAUAUCUAAAAUAAUCUUGAGAUCAUGAUAAGAGAUCCUUCUACAGUAACUAAACUAGGAUAGGAGCUUGUUAAAAUAUCAUAAGAUCCCCAUGCUUUUGCUUAGGAAAUUUCAUAAAAGCUUGAAGAGAAAGCAAAAGCUUUAAUCUAGCAAUAAGUAAGUACAAUAGACAAAGAGCUCAGUAAUGAAUUAGUCAAUCUUUUAUGGUGUCUCUUGAAAAAUUAAAAGGGUGAACUAAAAAAUACAAUUAGUUCAUUUGUUAAUGCUUUAAUCAAUACCUUCUAAAAGAAGCAGGGCAAAUAGUCAUUAAAAAGUAUUGGCUUUAUCAAUCUGAAAGGACCUAUUUUUGAUUUUGUUUGGGAGUUUGCUUUCCCUGUAGAAAAUUUCAAAGGAAAUUACUAAGAUCACUUAAUUGAUAUCUUUUGUGUAGCGUUGUCGAAUGUAAUUACUGUCUGGAAUAAAGAUCUCAAAAAAAUAAUUGUCAAAAAAUAAAAUGAUAAUAAAUAAAAAGCUGAUAAAAAAAACUAGAAUCCAGAGUAGAAAAAAGAUGAAGAAGAGUUGUUAAAAGAAAAGCUUAUGAAGGAUUUAGAAAAGGCUGAAUCUGUAAUAUAGGCUGAUGAUGGACAAGAUGAGGAAUAAGAGAUAGAACUCACUUCUGAAGAAGCGAUUACUUAUGCAUAUAAAAAUAUUAUUUUCUCUGUGAUACAAAUAUGUCGUUCAAUCUAAUCUAGCAGUGGUGAAGUUAUUUUAAAUUAGAUACUGAAUCUUGUCUAAAAUGGCAGUAAACUUCCAGGAUUCGAAGGACUAAAUUAAUUAAAGCAAUGCUAGGACAUUUUUAAGAUAGGUUAUGCUAUUUUUAAAAAUGAUAAAGAGGUAGACUUUGAGGAUGUAAAUAAUGCUUUUAAAUGCUUUUUGAAAAACACCGGGUUAGAAGAGAAAAUAAAGGAGAUUGCAGGUGUGGGUAUUUUAGAUAUUUUGAAAAUAGUUGAAGUUAUAAUUCAAAGCUUUAAAGGCUCAAGCAAACUUACAGCAAGCAAUUCUAUUAAAAAAAUAAUUUAAAGCCUGAUAGGCUCGAUUGAAUUUGCAAAGAAUAAAAUUAUGAUCAGAAAAUAAGAAUUUACGAAAGUUAGUGAGAUUGAAGCAAUGGAUGAAUGUUUAAAAGUGAAAUAUGAUAUCAAUUAAAGCUUAAAUGAAACUAAAGCUACUUUGAGUGAAUUAGAACAACAAAGAAUAAAGGCUAAGCAAAAUGAAGAAUACUAUGAAGAAAAAUUAUAAGAUAGCUUUAAUUAUCUAAGGUAUUACCUAAAUGAGCUUUAAUAAUAAAAGUAAAAUGAAGAUGAAUCAUAUAUAAGCAUAGAAUAUUCAAAAAAAGAAUAAAUACUCCCCCUUCUUUAAAAUAUUAUAAAAGAUAUUCAAGUUAUUAAUGGGGAAAAAAAUGAAAACUUAAUUAGAUAAAAAAAUGAAUAUAUUUUAGAGUUUACUAAGCUGAAACAAUAAAAAGAAACUGAGUAAAAUAAAUUAUAGGAAUUAGAAAAUAAGAUAUUACCUCUUUAAAAAAAAAUUAUUGAGAGCUUGAAAAAUUCAAUUCAAGAUAAAUAUUCACAAAUACAGGAUACGAAAUAUAAAAUUAACUAGCUCUACACAGAGCUGAAUAAGAAAAAGCAAUAAAUAAUAAAAUAUUAUCAAAUAAUUGAAGAAUUAAUCUUGGAAAAUUAAAGAAAUGAGGUUGAAGAAAAAAAAGAAAUUAGUGAUGAUGAUGAUGAUUUUUAUGAUGAUAGUGAUGAUGAUGAUGAUGAUGAUGAUGAUCAUAAUCAUGGUUUUGAUUGCGUUCUUAGUGAAGGAGGUAUUCAAGAACUUAAUGCUACUAAGAUUCGUCAUAACAAUCAAAAAUUACUAGAUAAUAAUGAAGAGAGUUUAGAUUAGUUUUAGGACCAAUAAAUUAAGUAAUUAGAAAUCACAAUAUAAGAGUUAAGUAGUGAUAUAAGCGAUAAAGAAGAAAAUAUUGCAUUAAUUGAAAAUGAAAUCAAUUAAAUUAAGUAAACUAUUUAUAAAAUUGAAAAUGGAAAUAUAGAAAGCAGAUAUGAAUAUGGAUAUGGGUAUGACUCUGAACAAAGUAUCUAAUAUUCUGAUAAAACGUAAGAUGAGAUUGAACUUUAGGCUCUCUAAGAAAAAUAUCUAGAUUAAUAAUAAAUUUAUGAUGAGAUAGUAAAUAAAAUUUCUCAAAAUAUGAUGAAAAUGGAAAAAAUAGAAAAAGAAAUAUAUUAAAUUAAAGAGAUUACAAAAGAUUAUAUAAGUGAUGCUCAAGUGUAUAUAGAAGAAUUUAAAGUAUGCUAAAAGGCACUUAAUAAAGUCUAGUAAGAUAAAAUUGACUUACAUGAAUAAAUUGAUGAAUUCUAAACUAAAAUAAGCAAAUAUGAAAAAUAUAUUGAAGAUUUGGAUCAAUAAUAUUAAAAAUUAUAUGAAAAACAACGAGAAAGAAAUUAAAAAAAACAAGGAGAUUACAAUUCAACAAGAGAAAAAGAGAAGAAAUCGGGUGAUGAUGCUCAAAAAAAAGAGGAUCAUGACAACUUUUUAUCCUCAGGGCUUACAGUUAUGCUUAACCUAUUUAGUGGGUCGAUAUCAAAUUUAUAAUCUGAUUUAAUUAAGGAGCUAGGGUAAUUCUUUAAAAUAGUUUCAUAAAGCUAAUAUGUUUAGGAUAGCACGAUAUAAGAAAUGUUUAUAUUUUUGUAUAGCCAAAUUCUGGAUGGAUCGCAAGAACAGUCUGGAAAAUAAAACAGCAAGGCAAAAGAAAAGAUUAAUAAUUUUUAGAGUAUUUUAGGUUUAUUUGAUUUAUUUUUGAAUGAUUCAAUAAAUGCAGCUGGUAAAAUUAUUAAAAAUGGUAAGGAGAACCUUUUGGAAAGUGAAGUUGCUAAAUCGUUACAAAUAGUCUUUUUUAGUAGAUUUGAGGGAUUUAUUAAAUAAAAAGCUAUUGAUAAAUAUUUAAAAGGAUCAGAUUUGCUUGAACUAAUUUCUAAAGUUAUGAAGAUGAAAGAGGAUGUAAUUUUGGGUUUCAUGGAAAUUUUGUUAGGGUUCAAGGCUAGCAAAGAUGUCCAUUCCUUUAUCAGUUUUGCUGCAUCAUUAAAUAAGAUAAAAGAUAAUAAGAUUAAUGCAUUUAUACAUCUCUUCAACCUUUAUUCAUCUAAAAGUCCAAGUGAAUUAUAUGAUGCUCUAACUUUCUUUAAGGUAAUAAAUAAUGUUUCGGAAUAAUUUGAAUAAGUUACUGUAAAAGAGCUUGUUUAGGUGAUGUUAUUCAUGAGAGAAUCAUUAGAUUUUAGCUAUGUUAAAACAAUUAUUAAAGAUAAGUUAAAGUUGUUGUUACCCACAAAUGAUUAAUAGCAAAAUCCUAAAAUGUAAAUGGAAAUUAGAGACAGAAUAAAAAUUUCUGGAUUACCUAGCCAUUUCAAGAAGCUUUUUGAAAUAGAAACAAAAGGAUAUAUACAAGCAAAUACAAUUCAAGCAGACUUCAAAGAUAUUAAUAGAAACUUUGAAAUUUUGCUUGAAUAAAGUGACUUUAAUUUUUUUAAGAAAUUAUUGUCAAUUAGAAGUAUACCCAGAAUUGAAGAUCCUACUUAAAAUACUCUUGUGAAGAGCUGUAUUACUGAUAUAUCAGAUAUGCUAAAUAUUGAUUGUCAAUCUGUUGAAUUAUUCAUUAAUUUGCUUACUUCUUCUAAAUAAAAUAAAUUAAAAUAAGCUUUAGAUAAUUUAUAAAUAUUAAAGAUAAACCCUAAGAGUGAUUAAAGUUAUAUUAACAAUUUUAUUGAAUUUACUUCUUCCAUCUUAGAAAAAAUUGAACAAAAAGGUUAAAAUAUCACGAAUGUCUCUAAAAUUAUUUUUUCAGAUAAUCUUCCUAGCUGUUUGCUAAAAAAAAUCCUCUAUCAUGAAGGGGUUUCAUUAGCAUACUCUGAUUAUUUAGAGCUUUUUGAUAUUUACAGGAAUAACGUAAAUCCAGAAUCAAUAAAAUCAAUAUAUAAUUUAAUAGAUUUUAGAUAUGGCAUGACUGGAAAUAGGAAAAGAGAUAUCUAUAAAUUUUUAAAUCCUUUAAAAAAAUAAGAAGAUAUUGAGAAAGAUUACUAAAAAUUCAAAAAAUCUAAGUAAGAUCAAUAUGGUUUAAUUAAAGCUGUGUAAAUUCUAUCUAUCAAUGAAGAAUCUUUGAGAGUUUAAACUUUCUUGUAAUUUUUAAUUAAAACUAAGUAAGAAGCUCUGUUAAUGACUAGUUGUUUGUUAGUAUAUUUUAGUGGACGCUCAAGUAACAUUCUUCUAAAUAUUUAAGAUGGAGAUGAGAAAAAAUUAAAGAAAGUGAAUGUAGAAUAACUAUUAUGUUAACUGUUGUAAGUAAAACAAGAAUUUUUCGAAGCUGUGCAUACUUAUUUCUAAGAAGAUACCAAUUAUUGUACCUAAACUAUGAUCAAGUUCUACCGUUAGUUAGAUUAUUUGUAGCAAUAAGCUUAUGGAGAUGAAAACACAAUCCUUGAAAAUAACAUAACUGUUUCAGAUAAAUCUGUAGAGCAAUAUGUAAGAUUGGUCAAUCAUAUGCAGUUUAACACAUCUUUCAUAUCUAAAGAUACAAAGAUCUCUAUUGAAGCAGUUGAGUUGGUAUCUAAUUUGAUGUAUAUCAAAAAUUCAAAAACUGAAUAAGAGCGUAAUACAAUUUUAGAAUAAAUGAGAAACAACACCUAUAUUUCUAAGCUUUUCUCUUAAUUAGGAGUAAAUCAUUAGGAGUUUGUUACCUUAGUUAAGAUAAUGUACCAAGAUUAUGAGCCAACGAAUGUAAAGUGGAUAUGUAAAUCUCUUAAGCUGCCUCCUUAAUUUAAAAUUGAUGGGCUAUAAUAAUUAAUCAUGCUUGACUAAAUUCUUCCAGUUUAUGGUGAAUCAUCUUAAAAUAAAAAAUUUUUAAUAAAUUUAAUAAAAACUAACAAAUUUGUUAAAAGUUUUAAAAUUGAUACAACUUGGGCAGAAGUAGCUUACAUUCUAUGUAAAGGUGAUUUUUGUCUUCUUUCUAAAUAUUAAGAUAAGCUAUUGCCACUCAAGUAUCCUUGUAAUAUUAGAUUCGAUAGUAUUACAAAUUUUAAAAAUAGUGAAUAGGAGUUUAAGCAAAUUCUAACUUUAACAUAAGCUGUGAAUGCAAAGGAGAUAAAAUAUAUGUCUUUAGUCUAAGGCUUAGCAGGACUACUUUCUUGUAGAAGUUCUACGUUCUAAACAACUGAAUUCCUUUAUUAGCUUUAUACUAUUAUUAGCUAAAAGUAUGUAAAAGAAGAGCAUCUAACUAUAGAAGCUGGACUUAAGAAGGGUAAUACUUUAUAAUAUGCUAUUUAUAAAUUUACUAAAAGUACACUAAUCAGUCCUGUUUGGACCUUAUUGAUGAUGGGAGAUUUAAACACAUGGGAAUUUUUAUGUUAAAACCAUUAUCUAGUGAAUAACAGUAAAAGCCCAUAUCUCAAUCCAAUAUUAGCUCUAGUUUAUGUUCUUAACUUUAGAUCAAAUCCUUUGAUUGUUAAACAAUUGCUUGUUGAUUACGAAUAUGCACAAAGAUCUUAUUAAAUUUAUAUUGCAAAAUUAAAGAGAGGUUUUUAGAAAAAGGCAGAAAAAGGGAAGUAGUCUAACGAAUAUGAAAAUGAAUAAAAUAGUGACGAAGAGAUUGAAGAUGAGAUACUAAAUGAUAUGAAGAAGAAGAAAAGUGUAAAAUAAACAGAUAAAGAUUAAAUAUAACUUACAGAAUAAUAAUAAAAAAAAAUUUAAUAAUUAGAAGAAAAAAUUUUAAAUUUUAAAAUAAAAAUUAAUGAUUUAUUAAAAAACUGCUUGGAAAAUGAUGGUGAAAAUUUAUCCCGUAUUGCUGAAGAGUUCAACUUCCCAUAAAAAGUAAUUAAAAUGGUUUUAGUAUUUGAAUAUGAUUACCAACAAAAGAAGAAAAAUGAAAACAAUAAAAAGUAAAAUGAUCUAGAAGAGGAUGAAGAUGAAGAUAUUGACAGAUUGACAAGUGAUCUAAUUAUUAAGGCUUUUGAACCAUUAAAAAAAGAUAUGGAAAAGAAUGGGAAUUAAUGUGAAAAUUUUUUUGAAUUUGAAAUUCUUAACCAAGUUUUCGAAAGAAUAGCUAGGUGUUUCUAUACAGAUCCAAGAAAAGAAAGAAUGAAUUUAAGUGAAGAAGAGAAGAACUUUACUAGUAGCUAUUGCUUGCAUACACAUAGUUCUAGCCCUUUGAUGCAAAUGAUAGUUCUAAGUACAAUAGCAUAACUCAAGCUUUCCUAUUAUGAUUUUUAUGGAUUUGAUGGACGAGAUGAAGAUCAUUACAAGUAAGUGACUUUUGCUGUUGAUCUAAUCUUGGGAACUUUAGAAAAAUAUUACUAUUUCGAUGAUAUGAUGGAUUUUUUCCCUCGUCAUAGGCUUAUUCCUUUAAUAGGUCUUUCUGUUGGUUUUAUAAUUGAAACAGAUGAUAUACUUUAUUCAAAUACUUCUGAAAAUAUCUUUGAUGAAUAAUAUCAUAGUGAAGUUAUUAGGAGAUUAUGUGAAAAAUUAUACAAUAGAUUAUUAAAUGAAAAAAAGGAUAAAUAUGGAGAUGAUUAAAAACUAUUUAAAGAAAGUUUAUAAAAAUUCAUUUAAUUAUAGAAAUUUAAUUUGAAAUAUAAAUACUUUCGUUCAAGAAUUGUAGAUUCUAAUUUAGAAAAUUAAGUUGAAUAAAAUAAAUAGGGGAGACCAGGAAUUUUUAAAGGAAUCGAUUAAUAGGAUGUUUAAAGCUUACUAGAAGAUAAAAAUAUUGAUAGAUUAGUAGAUAAUUAUGAUGAAAUAAUGUGGAAUACUUAUAACACUGAGGAAAUGAUCUAUCAUAUGGCUGAUCCUAAAACUUAUUAUACAUAUUACAAACGAAGUUAUUGUAUCAGUAAAGACUCCUAUAAUAAAAUCGAUAUAUAUUCAGGUGAAAAAAAUAAAAAGCUGUUUGAUUAUUUAGAUGAAUAUGCUAAUGCUGCCUAAUCUGAAAACUUAAAAUUCCUGAUAGAUAUUUUUAAAGAAAACUACAAAUAAUUGAAUAACAAUGAUCACUUCACUUAAAACUAUUCAUAAGAUAGCAAUAUGUAUUUUGGAACUUUACUUCUAAAUGGAGUAAUCUACUAAAUUAAAGAUAUUAAAAUGGAAGAUUUUUAGCAAAACAUAACAUCAAGUUCUAUUUAUAUGACAAGCAAUAAGAAAGCUCUUGCAGAAAUACUAAGUUUGCUAAUACCUUCUCUCAAAACUAAUUUUUCUUCAUUAAAUGAAUUACUAAAUGACUCAGAAGAAAAUAUACAAAGCUUUGUUAAUCUUGCUAUGGGUAAAAGUAUUAACCAAUCAAAAGAUUUAGAAAUCCUUUUAAGCCAAUCAGCUCUGACAAAUUCAAACAAAGAAGUACUUAAAGAUUGUGUAUGUGCUUAUUAAGGAGAAAUGACAGAAUAUUUAAAAUUAAUUUAAUAUUCUCCUCUUUACUAAUAAUCUUAAGAGGCUAUUGCAUUGUUUACAGAAUUUCUCUAUUCGUUUGAAAAGAGCUAAAUGCACAAAAAUAUAAAUAAUGCUUACGAAAUAAAUUACUUUGACUUUUGUAAUUUAUCUCCUAAUAGAGCAAAAGCCUUGGAAAAAGCUUAGUAGUAUCUUUGGAAAAUGAGUUAAAGUCUUUGCUACUAAAAAUAAUUGCAAGAGGAUCAAAAAAAUGAUCCUAAUUUCACUAAAUAUGCAAUUGAUAUCUAUAAACGUAAAUACAUCUACAGAAAUAAUAUGAAAGUUGAAGAUAAUCAUAUGUCUCAAAUUCUUCAAAAAAUUCUUUAUAAUGAUUGGAACUUCUUAAUUACAAAUGGCAAAAAUAUUUUACAAGAUUCCUUUAAUGUGAUAUUUGAUAUUUAGAAAGAGGUAGAUUGCCUAGAUAAACUAUAGAUUCUCGCUCUUAUAAAACCAUAAAAAUUAGGUUUAAAAAUUUAAUCUGAGAAUUUAAGUGAUUUAAUAAGUUUCACAAAAGUAAGUAACAUGAUCAGUGCAGGAGGUAGCUUAUUCUCAAAAUCAAAUAAGGAAUAAGAGGAUUAGGCUGAAAAUUAAAAAUUAAAUUAUCAAUCCAUUUCUUAAAUAUAAAAAGAUUAGCAUUUUUUGGAAAAAUAAAAUGAAUAAAAUUUUAUUGAAGCAAAGUAUCUUCACUUACUAUUAAGCUUAUCUAAUAACUCUAUAGUCCACAUUUUAAAUUGUUUAAAUAAAACUGAGGAAGAGUGGAGCUCUGAUUUGAAGGAAGAAUAAGAAGAAGAAAAAUUGACAAAUAAAAUAGAUGAAUUCAUUAAAUAGAAUUAAUUAGAUACAAAAUUAAAAGACUAAGAAUAGCAAAAUCAAAAUAUAAUUUUUAAUGAAUACAACUCACUUAAGAAAGAAGCAUAGAGGGCAUUAAGAUAAAAAAAUUAUGAGGACAAAAACUGUUUAAUGUAUAAAAGCAAGCAGAUACCAUAUAUCCUCUAAUCGAUUUACUUAUGGAAGAAUAUUUCUCAUAUUAAAUGGGACUUUGUAUAAAAGAAUCUUGAUAUGUUUAUAGACUAACCUUUCAAAUUCAAAGAACUUUAAAAUUAAAUUGAUUUUCUAUAUAAUUAUAUUGAAUAUUUAGCAAUACUACCAGCUGUAAUUUUAGAUAAAACAGGUAGAGAACUUGCAAAGAAAAAAGAAAAAAAACUAACAAAUAUUUAAGUACAGUAAUAACCAGAUAAAAGUUUUUUUAAUGACACUAAUUACAAAGAUAGCUAUCUCUAUUAAAUUUUAAAUGGCAUAAAAUUAAGAAAUUUAGACACUGAAAUAUUUACGAGGCAAAUAUCUUAUGAAAGCAACUCGAUUUAUAUGAUCUAUUAGUCUUAUGAAAAUUUAAUAAUAACUUUAGGAAAGUAAGCUUCUAAAAUUCAAUCUAUUUUCUAGGGAAAAGAAUAAAAAACUUUAGAUGAUGAACAUACUUUUAAAAAGAAACAACUUAUGAAAUUUGAAAAUUGUAAAGAUGUCUAUUUCCUACUUAAUUUCUUAAAUGGAAACUUUUUAAAGGAAAUAGAAAAGGUUCAUCCACUAAUCGAAUAUCUCUCUAACCUUUACUUUAAAGGACUAUAAGCAAUUCAUAGUUAAAAUGCUGAACCUAUUACAAGCUAUCUCAAUAGUUGUAUUAAAAAUUAAAACUCUUUCAUAAAUGUUAUCUUAAAAGAAAAUGAAAAAUAUGCUAAUAUUUUCAACAAAGUUCUUGAUAUAAUAUUCACCAUUUCAUUUUUUACAAUGAAGGGUUCUAAAAUAAGUAUGGAAUAAAAAAAAGAUAUCUUAAAUAAAGUAGAUGAAUUGCUUGUUGCUGUUGCUAAAGAUUUGCUUCAAGUAAGUGAAGAAAUUGUGAACAUAAUUUAUGCUGUUUUUUACCUUAUUACUAACUAGAGUAUAAAGGAUAACGCUAAAUUUAAAGAUAAAUAAAACUGUUUAGUUAUGCUCCUUAAAAUAGCCUUUGAAAAUCCUGAUUUAUCGGAGUUCUUCUUUGGGUCUCCUAAGACUGGAGAAAGCUUAGAGUAAAUUGAUAAGAUGAUAAAUACAAUAACAUCCAUACUGUAGUCAAUUUUAGAUAGACCUUCUUAAUCAAUUAAUGACAGUGAUUUGGUAAAGGAAGUCCUUAAGUUAAUUAAAUAUUCCAGUAAAGGAAAUAUAGAUGUUAGUAUAAUUGAAGAUGUUAUAGCCGUUCUUACUGGAGACCAUUAACGAGUGUUUAGUAUAUUAAAGAAGUUUGAAAUUGUAGAUGAGAAUAAAAUUGCCUUGAUUCAAAGAGCUUACAAUUAAGUCGUAGAUAUGCCUAUUUUUAAUUAAAAAGAUAAAUCUAUUGCUGGAAGUGGAGCAUAGGGUUAGCCUGAUAAAAUUAAAGAAAUUGUGAAGAAACUUUAAGAUGGGAAAGCAAAUAUAAGGGAUGUAUUUAUUGCAGUUGAUGCAGAGGGAGAUAACAAUGGAACUAUUUCUAUUGAUGAGUUCCAAUCAUUUGUAAGAAGAUUAGGUAUGGAAUUAAGUAGACAUAGAGUAAAUGAAAUUUUUGCAAGUAUAAAAAACAAAAAAUAAAAACUAGGUAAUGUAGAAAAAACAGAUGAUUUGACAUUAAAUGUAGAAGAAUUUGAAAAAGCAUUUAAGUAUGUCAAUGAUAAGAAGACUUCGAUGUCUCUUGAAAAACUAGGCAUAUCUCCUGCUUUAUUAGUUUUAGCUCUUGGUACGCUCAUCGUAAUUCUUAUCCUUCUAUUUGUUUUCAUUUUCCUAGGUAUAAAGGCUUUUGCAGUAGGAGGAACAUUUGGUUCCAUUAUUAACUCAAUCAUUCCAAUGGUAGCAGCGGGUGGUGCUGCUGGAUCUUAAGAAGAUAAAAAAGAUAAACUUUAAGAAGAAGAGGUUUCUAAUGCAGUUACUGAAACUCAAUCUAUUAUUCAUUCAGAAAAUAUUUGA